UGUUCGCGUCGAUGCGGCCGUUGAUAUAAAUACGCGGGAAAUGAAGGGGAUGUGUUAGAAAAUUGAAAAGUCCGCGAGAAAAGCGGAGAACUUGGCAAUGGGAAUCGUAUUGAUUGUUAUACCGAUGUGAGGGAAAGCGCGCCGGAAGAAAGCGCGGGUGAAAAAUGUUAGCUGCGACGAACGCGGAACAAGGCGCGAACAAUAGCGUGAUAGUGUCGCAGUUAGCGAAUUCGCACACGCCGCAGGAUUUCACGGUCUCACGCCUGCUAUCCACGCCGACGCACUCCUUGGAUUGCAGCGAGACCUCUUCUACUGCUGGGAACAGGAGACCCAGGAGAAGCAGGACUACCUUCUCGGCGCAACAGUUGGCCGCGUUGGAGAGAGUCUUCGAGAAAACGCAUUAUCCGGAUGCCUUCGUCCGUGAGGAAUUGGCAACCAGGGUAUCUUUGUCGGAGGCUAGAGUGCAGGUGUGGUUCCAGAACAGGCGGGCAAAGUUCCGACGGAACGAGCGGAGCUCAGCGAUGAGUCGGGGUGUCUCCGCGGGCAGGGAAAUGGAGACCGCGCUACCGCUACGUCCUAUCAGGGUGUCGCAUCCUUCGCAACAUCCGGCGGAGAGCAACGCGGAAUCGUCACAGAACGCAGCUGCUACCACUCAAGUAACAGCGCAGUAUUCUUACGGCGAUUAUUGGCGAACGACGCCGCAGCAUUACGCGGUACAAACCGCCGCGACCGCUGGUUGUCACGGCUUCGCUGCAAACGGUGGCCUGGCGAACAUAAGCCUGCCGCCUUAUCACCAUCAUCAGGCCGACAUCCACCAUGGCACUCUCGACGGAACCGCCGUGAACGGCCUAAGCGCCUUGAGGCUGCGAGCGCAUCCCUACGGCUCGACGUAUCCAGCGAUGCACGCGAGUAUGUGACAUUAUCCACGAACAUCGAAUCUUCAAAACGUGAGAACGUAA